AUGUCGAGGUUGAGAUUGGCUCUGACUCAGGCCAAGAUGUGGUUGGAAGCUCACUGCGAGCGCGUCUGCCUCAGUGGCAAAAGGAGUGCUGUGACUUUUUCAAGUGACUUUUUCAAGGAAAGGAAGUCCUAUGCAGACUUGGGACACCACUUGUUGGAUUUUGUGAAGAAGCUGGACUCACCGUUGGGGCACUUCGUUAGGUCGUUUUGUGAUCCAGCACAGCCGACUCCGGCCGCCGAGGCCACCUUUGAUCGAAAGGGGGAUUUGUUGCCCAUCCAUCCGUCGGUGGUGCGCCCUGGUCAACACGGGGUGACACAACAAAACCUGGAGUGGGUCCAGCUCUCCUUGUCCCUGAUCAACUUCAACUAUUGCACUGGGUGGUCAAAGCCGAUCUGUGUACCUAUGGACACCAGGCUUUCGGCCAACCAGUGCGCUGCGCUACAAGAGGUCGCCAGAACAGUUGAUGACAACAUCCUGGACGCCGACAUUUUGCCUACCCUGUCUGAAGCAAAAGCAGCUCUUCAGAGCAAGAGGUAUGACUACAGCGGGAACGCCGUGGAGUACAUGCAAGAGCUGGAGGCGGAUAAGGUGUUCCCCACCUGGCCACGACAGGGUGAAGCUGGCAUCAGGUGCAUCACAGAAUUUCUGACUGGGGAAGUUCAAGAGGCCAUGCAAGACCCGAAACAGUGGAUCCUGCCCGAGGACAAGCAGCCGGUGGCGUCAAAGCGCUCCCUGGUGCGCGCCAGUGAUCGGGAGUGGCUGAAAAUCUGCACUGAAGGCUACCGACGGGGAAUGAUGUGCAUGGUCGACGACAAGGACGUCCCGCGGGACAGGUCAGGCCACCUUGUGGUUAAUGGCGCCGGGGGUGUCAAGAAAACUAAGAUGGUGAACGGGCAGGAGAAGGUCCUUCAGAGGUUUAUCUCGGUCCUCAUCCCCACCAACGAGCACAUGCUUGAGCUCCCAGGGGCACAAGACACUCUGCCCUAUGUGGGGAUGUUGACAGCACUCCAUCUGGGGCCUGAUGAAGAGCUUUACAUGGAAUCGGAAGAUUUCUCCAGUGCCUUCAACUUGUUCAGUGUGCCUGACGCUUGGUGCCCAUUCUUUGCCUACUCGAAGAAGGUGGAUGGGGCAGCUUUUGGAAAGCCCGAGUUAGGGAAAGUCAGGCCAGCACUCCGAGUGAUUCCGAUGGGUUGGAAAUCCGCCGUGACUUUGGUUCAAGCAGCAGUGCGGCACAUUGUGUUUGAUCUCACGGGAGUGCCAAGAGCAACCUCUAUUGAGAAGGGUCAUCCAAUCCCUGAGGGAAAGCACUACACGGUGGUGUACCUGGACAAUUUUGAUGAGAUUCGGGUUUAUCAGAAGCUGACAGCUGAGCUGGAGUCAAGCACGGCGAGCCCGACCGAUACUCACCAGAAGUUCAACGAGGUGUGUGAUGGCCUUGGAUUACCGCGUAAUGGCUCAAAGCAGCUCAUUGGGGCUCUGGCCGGUGGAAUUCAAGGCGGUGAAUUUGACGGAGUUCGAGGCACCAUCAAAGUGGGGCGUGACAAGCUGAAGAACUUCCUGGCGAUUAGCAUGGCCCUCCUGAGUGCCCCCACGGUGACAGAAUUCCAAAUCAGGCACUGGAUUGGAAAGGCGGCGUUCAUCGCCACGUUCAGGAGACCUUUGUUCUCAAUCCUGCAGGAGGUCUUUGAGCUGCUGGAGAGGUGUCGUGGGAAGGCACAGGUUCUGCCGCCAUCGGUCGUUGACGAGAUCUUCUGUUUCACUGGCCUGGCGGUGCAUGCUCAAAGUGAACUACGGGCACAAGUCUCGCCGGAGAUCUCCUGUACGGAUGCCUCACCCACGGGGGGUGGCAGUGCUGUGGCGGUGAAGUUCAAGACAAAGAGCCUUGUCGUGCCUGAGGAGGUUGAGGAACGAGCGCAAUGUGGGUGCUGCGGCACAGGGUUCACUGGAAUGGAGGAUGAGAGGCGGCUGUACCCUUGCCCCAGGAAGUGUGGCGAGAGAUUUUGCUCUGCCCUCUGCGUGGCGGACCAUUCAGACGGUGCGUGCACCAGGCAUGACUUCUAUGCCCCGAAAUUUGGGGAGAGGUUUAGCGGGCCCAGGUAUCCAUUGUCAAAGGCCUGCGGGCUGGCGGGGAUUGCGAUCCAGAGACCAAUGGACAAAUUAGUACCUGGUGACCCGUGGGACAUCCUCACAAGUGAGGGAAAGGAACGCUUGGCUGCGGCCGAAAGCGACCCCAGUCUCAAGGCGGAGCACUGGGCACCUGAGUGCCGCACUUUCUCUCGGGCAAGGGGAAGAUGGAUACAACUUCCUGACGGGAACUGGAUCCAGGGACCACGGCAGGUCCGAAGCCCUGAAGAGCCAUGGGGAUUUCAAGAGCUCACCAGGGGCGACUCGGUGGCUGUACGCCAAGGCAACCUGUUCAUGAGGAAAGCGCUGAGGGCGUUGGUGAGGCGGCAUCUCGCAGGGGGGCUGGCUUCGCUGGAGCAUCCCUACAACAGCUAUGUUUGGGACACUGAAGAAGUUGACGAGAUGCUGCAGUCUGGAGGGUGGUUUGUGACUUGUUACAGUCACUGCUGUUUUGGUGGCGAUCGCAUCAAGUGGACACAGCUCUUCCACAACUCACCCUUCCUUCAUCGUGCGCUGCACAAGCCUGAUUGCCCUGGGCACUCUGACCUGCGGGGUUACCGGGUGACCUGGGGGAGCGAUGGUCAGUUGAGCUUUGACACGGCGCUGGAGUCCGAGUACCCCUGGGGCUUCUGUACCGCUUAUGCAGGUGCAAUGGCUGCUCAUCUCCGGUCGAUCACGCCGGAACCGGUGGGUGAUUACCCGAGGACGCUUGAAUCUCUCCUCUAUACCCAGGUUCGUGGUGCGACCAGAGGGCUGCAGGAUGAACAAUAUGUCAUCAGGGUCGUCGCCGCGGUGUGCCACACUCUCAACAAGAUGACAGAGGGUGCGGAGGCUGACCAUCUCCGGUGGCUGCUCAGGCAAGUGGGUCUUCGAGGAACCGAUGUGCGCAUCAGCAUCCCGGACCAGCAGAUCACAAGAGAGGAGGUCUACCCGUACCCGGCCUUUCGGUGGCUUUGGAAGACGGUGUUGAGCUACAAGUGGGCCGCAGAGCAGCAUAUCAACGUGCUGGAGGUCACCGCAGUGCUGACCGAGUUUCGGCGUCGGCUGAGGAGCGUCGACAAUAUGAACACCAGGUUCCUGAAUGUGGUGGAUAGCCUGGUGACCUACUUUGCAUUGACCAAGGGCAGGUCGGGAAGCAAAAGGAUGAACAGAACCUUGCGGCGUGUGAUGGCAUUGAACCUGGCAAGCAAAUCGGUGUUGGUCUCCUUGUGGACGCUGAGCAAAUGGAACUACGCCGAUGAGGAGGACCUGCCCACUGAUGCAUCGCAUCUUGAUGCCAUUUUGGCUGAAUAUAUCAACUCCCUUUAUCAGCAGGGAGACAGUCUCACCCAAGCAGGAUGGCUUUUGAGUGGCAUGAAGAGAUUUUUGCCUCGCCUUCGCUACCAGCUGCCGACAGCCCAGCAGUAUUACCAAAACUGGCUGAGAGACCAUGUUCCUUUGCGUGCCACUCCAAUGCCGUGGCUGGUGGUAAAGGCUUUUGCGGCGGUAGCGUGGCAGAAUCAUCACUAUGAUUUGGCCCUCCUGCUUCUUUUGUCCUAUGUUUUCUUUCUGCGAACUACAGAGUUCUUGACCUUGCCAGUUGAAAAUAUCGUGGUGGACAGCCGCUCAAAUCAAAUUGUGGUCACUUUGGAGAAGACCAAAACUUCCAAGCAAUUUCAGCAAUCAUUGGUGCUGCGGCACAGGGGUCUGGCCAAAAUUGUGGCAAAAGCCCUUACUCGGCUUCCUCUGAAGGGCCCAAUCUGGCGGUUUCCACCACGGGUUUUUCGUGAAAGUUUCACCCUUUUGGUCAAUCAUUUUCACCUUCAGGAGCAUGCUUUUUCUCUUUACAGCUUGCGCCGCGGUGGUGCUACCCACACCUAUGCACGCUCCCGUGACCUUCACUAUGUUGCCUUACAGGGCCGCUGGCGGGACCUCCGCACUGCCAGAAUUUAUUUGGAUGAUGCAAGAGCUACCUUGGCAUCUUCUGCCUGCGGGCAAGUUAGGCCUGUCCGUGGACAAGGUAGGUCCUGUGCGGGAGUCUCCAUGAGCGAUGUCUCUGGGGCACCCAAUCUUGACCAACAGCACGGCUGUGCAUGGAAAAUUGCAGGUCGUGCAGCAUCUUCUGCCUGCGGGCAAGUUAGGCCUGUCCGUGGACAAGGUAGGUCCUGUGCGGGAGUCUCCAUGAGCGAUGUCUCUGGGGCACCCAAUCUUGACCAACAGCACGGCUGUGCAUGGAAAAUUGCAGGUCGUGCAGUUCUUGGGCAUCUUCUGCCUGCGGGCAAGUUAGGCCUGUCCGUGGACAAGGUAGGUCCUGUGCGGGAGUCUCCAUGA